UGAAGACAGCCUGUGAUGUCGAAGAUGGCCCAGCGUGCAGACACCAAACUCUUGUCUUGUCUUCUCGUGCUCACCGUCAUGACGGUCUGCAUCAGCCCCACCACGGGAGCCCAACUUGUUGGGCCCGGGGGUGAGGAGUCAUGUGACCAGCUCAGGUUGCAAAUAGCACAGAACUUCCGCCAAGCCUACGACAAGACCAUCCCCGCCCACUAUCUGAAGGACCUCCUCACCAUGUGGGUGGAGUCGUCGCUGCCCGCACACUGCUCCAAAAACACAACUUCCGGUUUGUCAAAAUUCAACCCCUCGUCCACCCUGGAUAGCGGGGGUCCUCUGGGGACCUUAGGACCCUCGGGGUCCGUCUACACCACAAGCCUGACGUCAAAGCGAAGGCGGGACACAUCCCAGUCGAACACACAUUUCGAUGACGUCAUUAACGCCGUAGAUCCGGAACUUUCUCGCCAGAAACGGUUCAUCAUCUACACCGGCACUCCGGCUGAUUAUGGCACGGGAACUUUCGGAUCGGGUAUAGCGGACCCCGCCUCUCCGGCCAGGGAGGUGACGGAGGCCGAGCAGAUGAUGAAAGCCAUGUUGAUGUUGAGCAACUAUCAGAAAACACGACUCACACACGAGAUGAGGACUGGUAGGAUUUCCGGCGGAAGUUCGUCUGGCGGCGAAAAACCUCCUAUCGGGAGCGGCAUGUACGGCGAGCAGUACCCGGGCCGGAAGAAACGCGAAGCCGGAAGUCUGCUGCACGCGGUGGCGCGUGGCUUGUCCAGGAGGAAGCGGUUCCUGUUGUCCAUGUUUGACGCCGAGACCCCGACCCCCGGGCCGAGUAUUUUUAGCAUCAUGUCCGGCACCGCGCGCGACCCCAACACCGGCAAGCCGCUGGAGUUUGGUGGAGACGCCAUGAAGAACAUGAUGGUCAACCAGUUUGUCUCGACACUUCCGUUCAGCGCCCAGCCUCCCCCGGGCAAGGAGCCAGCAGACUUCGUGAAAAACAUGGCGCCACUCUGGUACUACUCACGCCUGCAGCGGAGCAUGAGCCCGCAGCCCCGGUUCUACAGCCCCCACCCACACGGCAGCUACAACUACAUCCCCAAGACGUACCACCACCAACAGCAGCGUAACCGGGAUGGUUACUAUGGCGACGCCUUCCCCGGGAAAAGAAAAAGACGGUCCGCAAGCGGGUCUGAUGGCGGCAGUACUGACGUCAUUACAAUCGGGGACUUGACGAUUCCAAUAGAGUUUUUCAAGCCGGCGGACUUGCCGGGCGACACGCCGGCAUACACGUCAGGCGACACGCCGGCAUACACGUCAGGCGACACGCCGGCAUACACGUCAGGCGACAGCAGCGCGGGUGAGUACAAGCGUGAGUACAAGCGUGAGUACACGUUUGACCAACACAGUCAGCGACAGACGCGGAGUUUCCGCGGGAACCAGCAGUACUACGGCGACCGGCAAAUGCCGGCACGAUACGCCUCCAGGCAUAUUACCGAGCUCUACCACACACUAAUGAGGAACCGGAACCGGCAACAUCAGAACCCCACGUCCGGCAAUCCCAGAAAAUAUUCUCAGCCCUCAAAAACCCCAACCCAACCCUACGUGCCCCACACUCAGCUAGCCCAACCCCACGUCCCCCACACGCAGUUCGCACAACCCUCACCAUCCUACAGCCUCCACAACUCCAACUUUUUCAACAACUUCAACAGCCACCAGCGACAACAGCAGCGGCCCGACCCACCGACCCCUCCAACAACCCCACCCCCGAGACCCCCGACACCCCCAGUACCCAGACAGCCCAUCGACCCCUUCAUACUCCCACCCCCAAGCGCCCACACCCAGCAACUCCCCGACCUCACCGACCCCUUUAUCCCCAACCCACCCACGCCGCCCCCACCCUCCUCUACUAGCACGACCCCUGCGGGAGAACAUGGCAGAAGGAAAAGAUCAGCAGACGGCCAGGGGAAGCAACACUCUCGCAGACGACACCGACGAUCGGAAAAAACCAGCGACACAGCUAACAUGGAUUACUUUCCGUUCACUCCAUACAACCCGGAUCCCUUUUGGUCGCUCUUUGACGCCCACCCCUCCGUGUAUCAGCCUCACAAUAAUUUCCCACAACCCCACAAUAAUUUCCCACAACCCCACAAUAAUUACCCCCACUCUUCCAAUUAUUUCCACCAGUUUAACCCCAGCCCGUGUUAUACUCGCCAGUAUUCCGAUUCUCGCCAUAGCUCAAACAAAGUCGGCUAUGUAUCGGAAAAUGGGGGCGUGGUUUACGGCGAUCAUCUCCCUUGGUCUACAGCCAAAGGGACGCAAUCGUCUGAACCACAAAGGUUAGGUAAUAGAGGGGAGGUCACUCCAAGCAACGGUCGUCGUGUCAAGAGAUCGGACAGUGAAAACACGUGGAGUUAAGGCCCCCAGGGGUCCCCCAGGGGUCAGGCGAUUUACGGAGACAGUCUACCGUGGUUCUCAAAAAACUCUCACUCCCUACCCUGAGCACCCAAACUAUCGCACUUCAUUCUUCCGAUCAGCUCCACACAAAUUAAAGAUGACCUUUUGAUUCACACCAUUGAUAUUGUGUACAAGAACACUUUGUUUAAAUUUAUGCAACAAUUUUGGUCUAUUAGAAUGUAAAUUUUGACGGUUUAUAAAGAAAUAGGCUUAAAUGAACUAAAUUUUAAAUAAGGUGUUCAGUAUUUGUUCAUAUGUACACAUACGCUACAGCUAUUUUAAUCAUUAUUUCUAGGCUUCAAAUCAGAUGAUACAAAAGUAGGGCUGAACAAAAAUAUGUUUUGAUGUUUUACUCCUAUAGUAUAAUAUCUUAGUGUAGUCCUAUAAUGUGUUAAUGUGUUUAGUCCUAUAGUAUCUUAGUAUGUUUAGUCCUAUGUUAUAAUAUCUUGAUGUGUUUAGUCCCAUAAUAUCUUGAUGUGUAUGGGCUGGUCCCAUUCAAGGACCCAGUUCAUCUGGCAGUCUGUGUUGCUGUGGUAAUAAAUUCAGGUGGUGUAAGCUGACACUAGAACUAGCAGGUGUAUGUAUGUAGGCCAGGCUCUGCCUUAAAUAAAGGGACUAACUUUAGAUUUAGUUACAGAAUAAAUAAAGGUACUAACUUUAGAUUUAGUUACAGAAUAAAUAAAGGUACUCACUUUAGAUUUAGUAACAGAAU